CCUCCUCAUCACUGGAGCUGACCUAAGAACACAACAGUUAAUCAUUCACUAACCGGCAGAGAGAGACCGAGUGAGAGAAAGAGAGAGAAGCCAGCGUUGCAUGCACACACAGUUGGAUCGUAGGAGAGACACUUUGAAACACCUGUGUUUGUUAAAAGGUAAAAGAAGAAGAAAAGCGGAGUCUUCCAGCAGACAACUUAAGGAUACACUUAACUGAGAGUGGAAGGACAACAAUUGUGCAUCUGAGGACACGCACCUGCUCCAAAAAGGAUUCUUUCAGCUGCAUUCUCCUUUCCUCUAUUGUGUGUCAGUAUGUCUGUUCUUGGUGGACUGUCCUGUUUUCGGAUUUGAUUUUGUGUGUGUGUGUGUGUGUGUGUGUGUGUGUGUGUGUGUGUGAGAGGCGGCCACAUGGGGCCCUGGCCCAGUCCGGGAUGCCAGCCGCAGCAGUGAAGCUCACUCCGGAGGACAUGGUGGCAGAAGAAGGGGGCGAAGGAGAACCCGGGACAGCCCAGUGGGACGCCUCGGGGCCCGGCCGGGACAAGCCGCCCCUGCCCUCGCUGAAGGUCCCCAGGGAGCUGUUGCGGAGCUUUCCCCACUCCAAACGGGUGGGAUCCUAUCUGGUGGGGAAAAUGAUCAACAAGGGAUCGUUCGCCAAAGUGAUGGAGGGGCUGCACAUCGGCACGGGGGAAAAGGUGGCCAUUAAGGUGAUCGACAAGAAGAAAGCGAGGCAGGAUUCCUAUGUGCUGAAGAACAUGAAGAGAGAACCUCGAAUUCAUCAAAUGGUCCGACAUCCUCACAUUGUAGUACUGCUGGAGACUCUGGAGACAGAGAACAGCUACUACAUGGCCAUGGAGCUCUGUGCUGGAGGAGACCUGAUGGACCGGAUCUGUGAGAGGAAGAGGCUGGAGGAGAGGGAGGUGCGGCGCUACACUCGUCAGAUCCUUUCUGCGGUGGAACACCUGCACAAACACGGCAUCGUACACAGAGAUCUAAAGAUUGAGAACUUCCUGCUGGAUGAACACAACAACAUAAAGAUUGUGGACUUUGGCCUGAGUAACACUCUGAAGGCUGAAUCGUUGUCUCUGGAGCUCCUCAACACACAGUGUGGAAGUCCUGCCUAUGCGGCCCCGGAGCUGCUGGCUCACAGGAAGUAUGGACCCAAAGUGGAUGUGUGGUCUGUAGGUGUGAGUAUGUUUGCCAUGCUGACAGGGACUCUGCCCUUCACUGUUGAGCCUUUCAACAUCAAACACCUGCACCAGAAGAUGGUCAACGGAGAGAUCAGCAGCAUCCCCGGUGACAUCAGCAAAGGUGCGGUGGCAUUCGUGCUGUCUCUCCUGGAGCCAGACCCGGCUAAGAGACCGAGCGUCAACGCUGCGAUGGAGGAGAGAUGGAUCAACGAGGGAUACGCCAAGAAACCACUACACACGCUCUCUCAUAAAAACAGGUUGUGCCCAGAGGAUCUCAACUCGUCCGUGCUGGCGUACAUGAAAGAGACGCUGGGCUACUCCCUCUCUGAGAUCAUCCACACACUCACCAUCAACCGACCCUCCGCCAUCAUGGCCUCCUAUCACCUGCUGCUCCACAAACUCAGCAGGAGCCAGAAGGGAGCCAAAGCCAGCAAGAAACUAGAGAGCAAUGACUGGAGUCUUCCCGGCAAGAAUACAUGGAGAGAGAGGAAUACCUCUGAAUCAAAGACCAAGCAACAGAAUGAACCACCCAAUCAAAAAAGUGCAAAGCAGUCCAGCAGGCCCCUGAGAGCCCAACAGCCAACUAUGUGUCAGAGCAACAGGAAGAGGCCUGAGGACCUACACAGAAAGGACCACAGAGAGAACGCAGAGAACCGUCCUCCGUCUCCAUCUCCACCCCAGCCUCCCCUCUCUGCCUCCCCCUCUAUCCCACCUCGCCUUCCCUCCCCCUCUCUCGCCCCUGAGGAUGAGGAGAUCGCCAUCACCUUGGACACCAGAGAGACACUCUUUCCUGAAGUGUCCGUGUUCAGGGACAGAGAGCUCGUCCAUCUUCCUCCUCCUAAAAGCUCUGCAGCGCAACUCUGUGACUCCGCCCCCUGCCAAGUCCUCUUGCCCGCUGAGCCAAUCAGAGACAGCAGCCCGUCGAGGCUGAUCCGACACGCGCACCUGCUCAGGACAACCCAAUCAGACGGGGCGGCAGACGCCGGGUCAGGCUGUUUCCAUGACAACCGCCACCAGGACGACCGCUCUCAUCACCUAAGCAUCAACGAGCGUUUGGAGAAGCUGGAGACAUUUUAUUCCGCAGAAAAGAACGGCAUCUCUCCCAGAAUGCUCCUGGAGGCCGACGCACGCGCCACACACUCCCCAGACAGAGACCACCUGGGUACCAUGGAGACGACACAGACGUCACCCUCCGCCCCCUUGCCCCGCCUGCGCAAUGCGGGGCUAAAAGACAGUCGAGGCAGUAAGAUGACAUGGGUAGGGUUGACCCGACCUGGGCCCCCAGGAAUCCUGGUGAACAGGUCCAAACCCCCUGCCUUCCCCUCGCAGAGACAACAUACUUUGGUCAUUAAGAGCCUCAGGCAGGAGAGGGGCAAGAGACGGGAUCUGUCGGCAGCAGCAGGAGGAGGAGGAGGAGGGGAGAGAGGGACAGCAGGGGGAGCAAAGAGGAACUCAGUUCAGUUACGUUCAUCUCUCCAGCAUCGGGCGGCGGACCUGAAUCUACCGCGGCUUCCUGCAGCCCUGCAGGGGAAGACAGAUAGGAAGAACCAGCUACACAGCAUGGACUGCUGACACAUAGAUGUCAGGAGACAGUAGAGAGGCUGUGAGG